AUGUUAAUCUGGAUGCUUCCUGUAGCAGAGGUGAUAAUAAAGAAGGUACUUUCACCUUCAUUCAGUCUAAACUGUUUCACUCAUAGGCAAUUAUGUUGCAGUCUCAUCAUGUUUCAUGCAAUAAUGUAGCGGACUGUGUUUUUGCAGCUUGUAAACAAGGGACAAUUACCACUUGGUUGGAGAGCACAGGGCGCCAGACAACGGAGUCCAAAAGCUUAGAAAGCAAAAUUAAUAACAWUACUGAAGCAAAUCCCAAGAUGACUUCUAUUAAGAAAGACAGCUUCUGUGAACAUGAUGCGAAAAAGCUAGAGAAUAUUUGUCAGCAAAAAUUUCUAAAUAUAUCUGUGGAAGUUGGUGCAACGCACCCAAAUUUGCCUCAGGCAGGCAGCAUGUAUAACUGGGAGGCUGAAGGUGUGUGUAAAGACCCGGUGUUGGACUCUGAGCCUGUGAAGGGGACACAAUCCGGAGACCUGUUUAGAAAUGCCAACAUUGAUCAGGUGCAUAAAACUGACAAACAGGCUCAAAGAGGCUGUGAAGAGAACAGUGACAUUUGGACUCAAAAGAAGUUGUCUUCAGGACGGUCUUUGAAAACGGGAAAUACAAAACUUUCUUCAAAAGACACUGAGGCAGAUGCACAAGUGGCUUCCUGCAAUUUACAGAAGCUGAAGAGUUGUGGUUCUGAUGAUGUAGUCUGCCUAGCGAGUGAACCAGAGGAAGGGGAGGUAGUUCCAGAAAGCCCCCUUUCAGAUGCUGCUUGUGAUGCCUGUGUAUCUGAUCUUGGAGGUCCUGGGAAGCUGAGCAAAUGUCAGAGUAGUUCAGGGGAUUCUCCUGCUUUUGAGAAGGAAAGUGAACCAGAGUCACCAAUGGAUGUAGAUAAUUCUAAAAAUAGCUGUCAUGGAUCAGAGGCUGAUGAAGAAACAAGUCCUUUUUUCGAUGAGCGAGAGGAGAUAAAUAUGUCAAAAUCCAUAAACCAGCCUUCCAGAAUUCAGUGUGGGAAUGCUGAACUGGAGGCAAGAAAGUCACGGUUUUCUACGAAGCGUUGUGAAAGCUUUGAGGGAACAGAUAACUCUGCCAAAGAGGAUGAGCUACAUACGAAGUCUCUUGGGAUCUGUCCUGUUCCACUGUCAGAAUGCAAAGGUGCAAAACAGAGUGUGAAGAAAGACUCCAAAAUCACCUCUCAUUUCAUGAGGAUACCUAAAAUUGAGGAGAAAAGCAAGAAAGAAAAGUGCGAUUUCAAACCUCAGAGGCCAGGAAGGAAGAAUCUGAAAUAUGUGCCCCCUCCUCUUCCAGCUAACAAGAAGUGGUUCGGGACACCCAUUGAGGAAAUGAGAAGAAUGCCCAUGUGUGGGGCCCGUCUUCCUCACCUGCGACCCUCAGCUAAUCACACAGUAACCAUCAGAGUAGACCUUUUGAGGGAAGGAGAGGUCCCAAAACCUUUUCCGACUCACUACAAAGACUUGUGGGACAACAAACAUGUCAAAAUGCCCUGCUCGGAACAAAAUUUAUACCCUGUAGAGGAUGAGAAUGGGGAUAGAACUGCUGGAAGUCGAUGGGAGCUAAUUCAAACUGCCUUACUUAAUAAAUUUACCUGCUCACAUGAUUUGAAGGAGGCUAUACUGAGAUACAAUAUUGCUUAUGCCAAGAAAUGGGACUUCACGGCUCUUACUGACUUCUGUGAUAAGAUUCUUGAAGAUGCAGAGGCUCAGCACUUGUUCCAGUCCAUCCUUCCUGAUAUGGUGAAGCUGGCACUUUGUCUCCCUACUAUCUGCACGCAGCCAAUACCUCUGCUGAAGCAAAAGAUGAAUCACUCGAUCACGAUGUCACAGGAACAAAUUGCUAGUUUUCUGGCCAAUGCUUUUUUCUGCACUUUUCCACGUCGCAAUGCCAAGAUGAAGUCCGAGUAUUCUAGUUAUCCAGAUAUUAACUUCAACAGAUUGUUUGAAGGACGAUCACCAAGGAAGCCAGAGAAGCUUAAGACCCUUUUCUGUUAUUUCAGGAGAGUCACAGAAAAAAAACCUACAGGAUUGGUGACGUUUACGAGGCAGAGUCUCCAGGAUUUUCCAGAUUGGGGCAGGUCCCAGAAAAAGCUGACCAGAUUGCAUGUCACCUAUGAAGGCACUAUUGAAAGCAAUGGACAUGGCAUGCUGCAGGUUGAUUUUGCAAACCGUUUUGUUGGAGGUGGUGUCACUGGGGCAGGACUAGUACAAGAAGAGAUUCGCUUUUUAAUUAACCCAGAACUGAUUGUAUCUAGGCUCAUCACUGAAGUCUUGGAUCACAAUGAAUGUCUUAUCAUCACAGGUACUGAGCAGUACAGUGAAUACACAGGCUAUGCAGAAACCUACCGGUGGGCAAGAAGCCAUGAAGAUAAGACUCCAAGGGAUGAAUGGCAGCGACGCUACACCGAAAUCGUUGCUAUAGAUGCAUUUCAUUUCAGACGUUUCCUUGAUCAGUUUGGUCCGGAGAAAAUUAGAAGAGAGCUCAACAAGGCCUACUGCGGGUUCUGGCGUGCCGCAGCGCCGCCGCAGCACCUCGCCGCCGUCGCCACCGGGAACUGGGGCUGCGGCGCCUUCGGCGGGGACCCCCGACUGAAAGCCUUAAUACAGAUACUGGCAGCUGCUGAGACUGGGCGUGAUGUUGUCUAUUUUACCUUUGGAGAUGUGGAGCUGAUGAGAGACAUUUACAGCAUGCACACUUUUCUCUGUGAGAAGGGCCAAACUGUUGGGGAUGUUUAUAGGCUCUUACUGAGAUACUACAACGAGGAGUGCAGGAGCUGUUCCACUUCAGGACCAGAAGUCAAGCUGUACUCUUUCAUAUACAGCACCGUUGAGUCUUAUGCAGAUUCUACUGAUGAUGACGAUGAUGAAGAAGAAAAAGGAGUGUACUUUGAGGAUUAAAUUUAGCAGUACAGACUGAGCCAGCCRCAGGAGAUGCACUGAGCUACGCUUCUGGGAUCAGCAAAGCCUUUGGGUUCGUGCCUGGUAGAAUCUCUCCACGCCUGGAAUGUGACAUAACUAAAUGCUGGAAGCUGUUGGGAUUGUGACGUGUGCCCUGCUGGAGCUGCCCUGGUGGAAUYGACAGUGAAGAGCUGGGGUCAUUUAGGUACCUCCGAGUGCUGCAGCGUCGCUUUAGUGCUGCGUGGGCAGCUUGCAAACUGGUGCUUGGAAGGUGGCACAACAGCCUAGGCAGUUUCUUCCUAUCAUUCCUAUGAGCUGUAGUUUCCUCCAUCUGCUUCCAUUAUAACAAAGCAAAGCAAAAACUGGGACAGGAUUUCAGGUCCUUUAUGCAAGACUUGUAUUCUCUGAGUUAGCAAAAUUAUUUUUCCUGCUCCUGGUUUUCCAGCAUUAGCUCAGAUUCUGGCAAGGAAUAAUAACACUGUUUAUGAUAAGCUCUUAUUUGGGUGUUUAGUUCAACUGUGGUAGUGUUUCUAGAUGCAGYGCUGAUUAUAGAUGUACCCUGCUCAUUCAGACAAGCAAUGGGAAAACGGUGCUGUUUACCAAUCCUUGUUCACCCUACUGCUCAGGACUUCCUAUAAACAAAACAGAAUUUGUUUCUGAACAACUGGAAGAAAAUGUGAUUAAAAAGCUUUAGGUGGCUAGAUAUGACCUCCCUUUUCUUGUAAAUAACAACAUCUUUAUUAGUGCAAUAUUUGUUUUCAUCAUUGGGGGGAGGAGAUUUUUGUGUACGAAAAAUAUACCAAAUAAGAUGGCAUAAAAUUCUACAUCACCUCUAGAAAUGGAAAAAUACAUGCAACUCUGAAAAGAGUCUCUCAAGAUCAUAUUCUAGUGUAUUAAGUUAAGAGAUCUUUUGUAGUAUCAAGUAUUUCUGGGAUAAUCCUAGUGAUCGUACGUAGGCCGUAAUUUCACUGAUACCUGAAGAUUUUCUAACAUGCCUCUAAUUUUAAAUUGUUCUUUARGAUAUGUUUCCCAUAGGUUUUACCUGUGAAGUAUGGUUGUAGGGACAGGCUAAAAGGAAGGCGAGAGUUAAGAUUUUAGCAACAGUGUUAGAUUCCUGUCACUCUUGAACUGCACUGCCCAGAAGGCCGCAUCAGUGCGGAAGCAGGGAUUUUGGAUCAGUCUAAUCUGCGCUCUGCAUCUUAUUUGUUCCUGCAACUGCUACCCUCAAACUACCUGACAGGUUUCUUUAGCUAGGGAUGUUAUUUUGGUGCUCUUGAGGAAACGGUGUGAAGUGGAGCUGCCGGUGGCCUUUGUGCACCCAAGUCAAACUCAGUUGGGUUCUUCUAGAAAACGGUUUCUGGAGUAGCCUCUUCUUUUGGUUUAAUUACAUUAGAGAUCUUUGCUAUAUGAUUUCAAAUAAACUUCUACCAAAACUAUUGUUUUAUACUUCUUUUAGCAGCUAAACUGAAUGCUUAAUAUGAAGCAAGGCUGGGCAGUCGUUCGGAUUGCAAUGUUGCCUCAUAAUCAAGUUUGGUGUGAGAGCACCUCUCCGUUCGGUGGCUCUUGCACCUAAAUUCCUCAGCUGUGAGGUGUUAGUUAUGAGGUGUUCUUAUCUAAUGAUGAGUACCCAUGACUGUAUAUAUUAAUUUAUAAACUGUUGAAGUGUUGACGU